AGCGAAAAGUUAUAAAACCAAGCGAUAAAAGCAAUUCAUAUCAGAAUAACUCGAUUAGUGCUAUGUACAACAGCAAUUGCAAGCUAUUUUGUUUACUGUUCUGUACAGCCGUUCUUUUCGGACAGGUUUUGCCGCAGGACUCUGAGGAGUCAGCAGAAGUCAAGCCCAGCGCAAGCACAGAUGGAGCAUUGACCGCAGAGACUUGCAGCACAGAGCGUGCUGGUUGCUGCUCCACGAUGUUUUUAGGACCCACGGAUUCUUUAUUAAAGUGCUAUGCAAUACACUCUAGCAAAAUGCCAGCCAGCGGGGACAAAGAUACGGCUAAAACACUUUCGUUUUUGUCGUGCUUUGUCGAGUGCCUCUAUAAGCAGCGUAAGUAUAUAGGCAAGAACGACUCAAUAAACAUGAAGAUGGUUAAGCUCGAUGCCGCGCAACUAUACAAGGAUCGUCCUAAGGAGAAGGAGUAUUAUAUAAGAAUGUUUGAGUAUUGUCGUAAGGAUGCUAUGCCGAUGUACAACUCCAUGAAGAACAGUCCGGGUGCUAAAGCCCUGCUGAGAAAUGCGUGCAGACCUUUUCUGAUGUUUGUAUAUCUUUGUCAAGCGGAGUACCACACCAAACAUGAGUGCCCCUAUUUCCGCUGGGAGGGCUCCUCUAAGGCGGGCAAUAAGGAGUCCUGUGCGGCGGACAGGGCCAAGUGCUAUGGUAUUGAUGGGCUUAAAGUGCCUAAAGAUUUAUAAAUCAGAACUAUUAUUAAAAAAUACUACACUAAAAUAUAUACAAUAAA